CACUGGCAAGCGCACUGCGCCAGGGGGAGAGAGUUCGAGAACGCCGAAAAGGCGAGCAGAUUUGGUCGGGAGCCAGCAGCAGAAGGGAGCGGCGACCGGCGAGAGGGUGGGAGAGAGGGGAAGGGGGGGAUCAGCCGUCAGCCGGCGGCCGUCGACCGACCGAUGGCGGACUGGGGCCCCGUGAUCGUGGCGACGGCGCUGUUCGUGGUGCUCACGCCGGGGCUGCUCUGCACGCUGCCGGGGCGCGGGCGGGUGGCGGAGUUCGGCAGCAUGCACACCAGCCCAAUCGCCAUCAUCGUCCACGCCAUCCUCUACUUCGCGCUCAUCACCAUCUUCCUCAUCGCCAUCGGGAUCCACAUCUACGCCGGGUAGCUAGCCGGGGCAGGGAUCGGCGGCCGCCGCCGCCGUGACUCGAUCGGAACGAGAUCCGUGUUUUCCCUCUCUCCGCUUCGCUUGUCCCAACUGAUGAUGCGAUUGUGCGUGCGACUGAAUGAUCUGUUCCUCUGGUCAGUCUGUGGUUGUAAUCGAUCAAGACUUUGAAUGCAAUCUUGUUUAUCCAGCCCAUGAGAUUUGAGGAUC